UGAAAGUUAAAUUAAGCUUAUUAACGUAGAGAUGACGAUAAAUUUGAAAUAGAAUCAUAAAAUUGCGAAUUAUCCGAUGAGAAUUAUCAUUUAUUGAUUUUUCUCGUAUUUUUGAUCAUUGGAUUCUGUAAAGAAAAUUUUAUUUCAGGAUAAAAAUGCAGAAACAACCUCUAGCUGCACAAUCUUCCACCGGAAAACAAAUUGUGGAGUUAAACGGAUAUGUUAUAAUACUGGUUGAAGGGAAAGAUGGAAAAAUUAAAUUGUACGGCUCACCGGCGGAUAAAGACAAUCUUGAAGUAGCUGAUGAAAUCCUUGAUGUCAACGAGAGGAAACUUGAGGAUGAGUCAAGAUCGGAAGUCAUCAAACAUAUUCACGAAUGCAUCCAAUCUUGCAUGAUUAAGUUACGCGUGAAACGAAGAAGUGAUUCCAAGUUAGCCGGUGAACUAGGUAAUGCAGUGCAAGAUGCUUUCGUCAUUGCCGUGGAACAACAGGCAAGAGAGCGUUUGCAGAGACUAUCUGCACUUAAACGAAUCACUCCUGUAGACAUGUCACAGCUGUCUAUAAAGCUAAAUCAACAAACUGACAAACCAGGAACUACUGAAGAUUUAAGCUUUUUAAAAGGAGCUUCUCCAAUAUACGUCACCACCUUAAGCGACAACAACGUUACGCCUAUCGGAGUCAACCUAAGAACUAGUAAUAACAUAAAAAACCUAAGUGAAUCUAAUAAUAAUACAAACUGUGUGAAUGAAAGUUCAACAAAUAAUACAAGUUUGCUAGAAACAAAGUUAAAGUCAAACUUGAAUGGAAAUCUUUCUACUGGAGAUUUAGUUAAUGGUAUCAAAUCUAAAAAAGAGAUUGAAAAAAGCGAAGCAGAAAUCUACGAGACAACAAACAUCACAAAAGGUCGUCAAGAAGUUCUUCUGGGGGAACAAAGUUUACGCUUGGACAGCAAACAAAGAAGGCGUUCAGGGUCUAGCAUUGUAGUGCUUGAUGAUAAUACUGCUCUCAAAAAACCUACAGGUUUUGAAUAUCUUGAAAUGUUGCCCAGUGAUCAAGAAACAGGACCUCAUCGGGAAAUGGCUGUUGAUGUGCCGGAUAACUUCAUAGCUCGCAAUAAAAUAGCUCCACGGUACCCAGCAACAGCAGUAAAUAAUACACAGCAGAAUGGUGUAUUGUCAAAGCCUGUACCUCCACCAAGAGACCAUCUGAGUCGGGCUCCAGCUCCACAAAUACCUGAUAGAAAAAUAAAUCAACAAAUUGGACAGAUUUUGGAACCUACACCUGAUCAACUGGACAGUAUUAAAAAAUUUCAGGAACAAUUAAGAAAAAGACGAGAAGAAGAAGAAAAAAUUGCUGCGCAAAAUGAGUUCCUACGAGCAAGUAUUCGUGGAUCACGGAAACUACAGUCUUUACAGCAAGAGCCGCCUAUCAGUAAUUCUGUUGGAUUUGAAAAUGUCGCCUACAGCGCUGACGAGGAUGAAGAAGAAAAAAUAUGCGAUUAUGGAGAUUUAGUCACUGCUUUACAACGUCUUAAUGUUAAAUUAAAUAAGCAUGGUAUGACAUCGCUUGCUAGCCGAAUUUCGUCUGUGCAAAGCUCUCUCUUGAGCUCAGAAAUAAGUCGUGCAUUAGCAACAAGACGAGCUGUUUUAGAGCGGCGACACACGAGAAACUGUAUAGCCCUUCCAAUUAAUUCUAUGAAUUUAGGAAAAGAGGUUGUGGAUCAAUUAGCUCACAAUAAUUCUUCUUUAGCGAUUGAGUUAUGUGACCUCCUUUCUACCUAUGAAAUUGAAGGGCUUCUUGAAGCACAUGACCGAAUAGUAUCGUUGACAGAUUCGUCAGCAUCCAUAUUAAAGUAUGCCAAUAACCUAGGUUUAAAUACAGCAAUCAAGACAACCAAUUUGUUAAACAACAAUAUCGAAAAGGGACAACCACUAGGCAUUUUAAGGGAUGCUAGUGAUCACAUUAGAAUAAUACAGAUUGAAAAAACUUCAGAGCCAUUGGGAGCUACAAUCCGAAAUGAAGGCGAAGCAGUUGUCAUCGGACGCGUUGUAAGAGGAGGAGCAGCCGAAAAGUCCGGAUUGUUGCAUGAGGGUGAUGAAAUUUUAGAAGUUAAUGGAAUAGAAAUGCGCGGAAAAUCCGUUAAUGACGUUUGUGCAAUGCUAAGUGCGAUGAGUGGCACAUUGACUUUCCUUGUAGUACCAGGAAGUGUCACAAUGACAACUCCCCAUAUUGGAAGGGAACCACCAAUCUUACAUGUCCGAGCGCAUUUUGAUUACGAUCCAGAAGACGAUUUGUAUAUACCGUGUCGCGAACUAGGAAUUAGUUUUCAAAAAGGAGAUGUUUUGCAUGUAAUCUCAAGAGAAGAUCCCAAUUGGUGGCAGGCUUACCGUGAAGGAGAAGAAGAUCAAACACUUGCUGGUUUGAUACCUAGUCAAUCGUUUCAACAUCAAAGAGAGUCGAUGAAACUUUCGAUUGCGGGUGAUUUGGGCAGAUCCAGAGGCAGCAAUGCAAACAAAGGUGGCUCGACACUUCUUUGCGCACGAAAGGGCAAAAAGAAGAAAAAGAAAACCAGUAGUGAGCAUGGAUAUCCACUUUAUGCUACAGCAUCUACAGAUGAUGCGGAUCCUGAAGAAAUUUUGACUUACGAAGAAGUUGCUCUGUAUUAUCCUAGAGCGGCGCAUAAACGACCAAUCGUUUUAAUAGGACCUCCAAAUAUCGGCCGACACGAAUUAAGGCAACGUUUGAUGGCAGAUUCUGACAGAUUUGCUGCAGCUAUUCCUCAUACUUCACGACCAAAACGUGAUGGAGAAGUGCCAAACGUUGACUACCAUUUUAUUACACGGCAACAAUUUGAAGCAGAUAUUUUGGCAAGAAAAUUUGUAGAGCAUGGAGAGUACGAAAAAGCAUAUUAUGGUACUUCUUUGGAAGCAAUAAGAGCGGUUGUAUCUAGUGGCAAAAUUUGUGUAUUAAAUUUACAUCCACAAAGCCUAAAGCUGUUAAGAUCUUCUGAUCUAAAGCCUUAUACAGUAUUGGUCGCUCCCCCAAGCUUAGAAAAGCUGCGACAAAAGCGCAUUCGAGCAGGAGAACCUUAUAAAGAGGAAGAGCUGAAAGAAAUUAUUGCUACGGCAAGAGAAAUGGAGGCCAGGUGGGGCCAUCUAUUUGAUAUGAUUAUCAUUAACAACGAUACAGAGAGGGCAUAUCAUCAACUUUUAGCUGAAAUCAACUCAUUAGAACGAGAACCUCAGUGGGUACCUGCGAACUGGCUUCAGCAUAAUUGAGAAUUUAGUUUGAUAGAAUAAAAUGUAAUAGAAUGUUCAAUGGUGGGUAGGUAUAUUUACGUGUAUUCAGGGUUUACUGUCUAGUACGAAUGAUUAAUUUUAAACAAACUAGUCAGUCAAUCAAGGUGUAUUUCAAAUCUAAAGUGCAUAUGUACAUGAAAUAGAAUGAAAGCGAUGAAAUUUUUGUUUUUCAUAAAAAAAAUGUCUACAUGAUUCAUGAUGAAGCCAUUAUAUUGAUUUUUAAAUCUCAAAAAUAUUUCAAAACCAUUUUAAACAGCUAUAUAUUUAUAUUUUUACACUAAAAAAUCUCUGUUAUAGAGCAAUCAUUGCUGUUAUGAUUAUUAUUUAAGUUUUAAAUAAAAAAUAAAUGUAUCUAUAUAUUUCAACUUACAGUGGUAGAAAAAGUUUGCAGUAGGAAUAUUAUUUAGAAUUAAAAUAAAAAAAUAUACGAUAUAUGUAUUAAAAAGUUGUUUAAUAAAAAAACAUAUU